UGUUUCAAUUUAUUUAUGUGUGUUUGUUUUCAAACUCUAGACAGAUUUAUAUUUAGAGAAAGCCAAAUGACUCCUCUUUGGUAUAUGAUGGGGGAGUGUCUGUGGACAAUAUUUAAGUUUGCUGUCUGUCAAGUGGAGUGAAGGUGCAUCAGAGUCUGUGUGUGUUUGCUGGCCAGGGCCUGGCAACAGGGUUGAUUAUUGAUUAUUUCUAUCUGACCAUGCUCUAGUUUGAAUUUUGGUUCGUGGUGGUUUGCAAAGUUUUAGUCUGAGAGUAAUUUCUUAAAGUAUUGUUUGAAGCAAAUAUGGGACAAAAGGGAGACAGAUUUACAUAUCUCAGAGGAAAGAGCGAAAAGUGAGAAAAAUCCUAAAGAAGAACACAGCCUGAAUGACACAGUGAGUGGGUACGGACAAAGAGAAGGAGAGGGAAGAGCGCCGGAAUCUUUGUGCCGGAGGGGGGAAGACAAACGACAAAGAGGAACGUUGAAAGAGCAAGAAUGGAGUAGGAAGAAACAAAGACGAGAGAGAAGAGCCUCGGUACAGUAACUGUAGAGGAAACUUUUUAGUGUGAGAAGAGAAAAGGACAGACUUCAGAGCAACCAAGGUCCCCACAUCUGAGGCUGAAGUGUUCAUCAUUCAUUGUUGCUAUACUACAGUUAGUUCCUGUAGCCAUGGCGGGGUUUCCUGUUCAUUGACCCAGUAGGCUGCUUUACUGGACCUGCAACCAUGUCCGCCUGCAGCACAUUUACCGAGCACGUGUGGAAACCAGGCGAGUGCAAGAACUGCUUUAAACCUAAAAGUAUGCACUGUCUUGUUCAGAGUGGUGGAGGAAAGCCUCCCUCUGAGCAGAGGCCUUCAGCAAUUCAGCAACAGAACCCACUCGCUGCUGGAGCCAGAGCCAACCCUAACCUUACUAAUAACUCCCAGAGGGCUGGCAGUGGGUCAGCUCGUUCAGGAAACUUUCGUCCACCGGUGGCUAAGAAGCCAACCAUUGCUGUUAAGCCUACUAUGAUGCUGCCCUGCUCCUCAGCUGGACUGGAUUUAGAUUGCAACCUGCAACAACCACCAAAUGUAGCAGAACAGGGCAAAAUAUCUGCCUUCACGGUCUGGAAUCGCAAUGGGCUGAACUGUAAAAGACCUUCUGGGCCCAGCAACAACAAUGAAGGAGAGGAUGGCAAUGAGGAGAUUGAGGGCUAUGGACAUUUUAGCCUAAGGACCCCUAGUGGAAAUAAUAACAACAGUGGACUGACAGAUGUCCUAAAGGAGAUUGCUGGGUUAUGCCCUGGCCCUAGUCCCACGCCCCUUUCAGGCUCCAAGGACAUGUUUUGGGGACGGAUCUGUAGUUCAUACCAACGGUCCUUGGAAAGAGGCCUUCCAGCCUCAAGCUGUCUGGCCAUUGGAAGCAGCAGUGGUGGCGGUUGUUGCACUGCUCAAAAACGAGUAUCCCUUAGUGACAGCACUGAGAUCAUCAGCACAGAGGGUGGUCGCUUUUGCUACCCAGAGUUUUCCAGUGAGGAUGAGGAGGAAGAGACUGAAGGGGAUGAUGAUGAUGAUGAUGAACAUGAGAGCUGGGAUGAAAGUGAUGAAGAGUUACUUGCCAUGGAGAUACGUAUGCGAGGCCAACCACGAUUUGCAAAUUUCCGUGCUGCUACAUUGUCUCCAGUGCCCUUUGCUGUAGGGAAAAAGUGGAAUACUGUGCCACUUCGCAACCGCUCACUGCAGCGGAUUUGUGCAGUUGACUAUGAUGAUAGCUAUGAUGAGAUCUUAAAUGGAUACCCUUCCAUGGACUCCAGUGGAUGUCUUCUUCCCUAUGGAUCUCAUAACAUGCAAGGCAGUGGUUUCCUAUCAAAUUCAGAGUCUACUACUUCUCCAGAAUCAUCAUCAUCACUACCAGAGGAUUCUCGAACAACUUCCAGCAGUGGGAGCAGUGCCCCCUGUGCUCUUCGAAAUGGCCUGCAUUCUCCCACCUCCACAAAGGCACCUGUCCCAAGCACUUCUCCUCCAAAAAAGGAACCUCUUCACAGAGCACUGAGUCCACUCAAAGUGACUGAAACACACAAGGCUGUCCUGGCCAUUAGAUUAGAAGAUCAGGAUGGCAGAGUAGGCAUGCCAAUGCCCCAGGCCCUUCCAGGUCAACCAGUGACUAUCAGUUUUAGUCCCACAGAGGAGCAAGCAAAACCCUACCGUGUAGUGAAUUUGGAAAAAUCACUGAUCUGUAAACCUUACACUGUAGUGGAUGUGUCAGCAUCCAUGGCCAACAAAGAUGAACAAAUUCCAGACUCUCCUCAAAAGAACAAAAACCUAUCAAUGCCCUCCAGCCCUGCAUCAUUUUGUAGCACUCCGUUAGGUCAGCCCCUGUCUCCAGCCUCUCCUAUUUCUCCAACUUCUCCUGUGAUGCCAAUAUCACCCACAUCCCUUGCCCUUUCAGGUAGCUCCCGGAAGAAAUCAGGGAGCAUACGCUAUCAAGAAGUGUGGACAUCAAGCACAAGCCCUCGCCAAAAGAUACCUAAAGUGGAUUUGGGGGUUGGGCCUGGCCCCUCUAUCCCUAAACAACACUGCAGCCACAAGUCAGCUCCCACUUCUCCCAUUUCUGGGCUAUCUUCCUCCCGAACAGUGCCUGUGAAAUCACCUAACUUAUCAGAGAUCAAGUUCAACAGUUUCAAUAAUGCAGGCAUGCCUCCCUUCCCCAUUAUUAUUCGAGAUGAGCCAGCCUAUGCCCGCAGCUCCAAGAAUGCAGUCAAGGUACCUAUUGUUAUCAAUCCAAGUGCAUAUGACAACUUAGCUGUGUACAAAAGCUUCUUGGGACUCAGUGGGGAACUCCCACAGCCAAAGGGGGUAGGUAAUAGGGUAGCCAGCCAUACAUAUGAAGAGAUUGGAUCCUCUGAGAGUGUCCAGUCCUCCUCAACAGAGAAAACUAUUUCUGGUAGAGGCACAUCAGAGAGAGCAUCUACGAAAGAGACAAAAGCUCAACCUGAAGCAGCAUUAAAAGCAACAAAUUUACAACCAAGAACCACUACAGACUCUAGCACUGUGACAAGCACCACAAUGAGCUCCAAGGUUGGGGCCACCUCUCCCACUGCAUCAACAAAUUCUCCUGCCAUUCUUGCUAUUACUGCAAACUUACCUAAACCCAUCCCUACUGCCAAUGCUGUUACACGCACUUGCAAGACAAUUGUAGAUGCUGCUUGCAGUAAAGAUGACAAUACAGACUUAGUUUUGCCUUCUGGGGCACUGGUAAUUCAUAGGGAGGAGGCCAGUGCUGUACUUUCACAGAUUGUGGCUUCUAUCCAGCCUCCACAAUCUCCUCCAGAGUCCCCCUCUGCAGAAACCAAAAACAUCAGUUCUGAGGAGCUGUAUGCCCUCCCACCUGAUGCCAUGAUGGAGACACUAACCCGACCCAAGUCGCUCUUUUCCGCAACUGAUGGUUGUCUUUCCAAGCCCAAAAAGGAAACGCCUUCAAAAGUUUUGUCUAAAUCCCAGAGUGCCUCGGCUGCUGUCCCACUCUCCAGCCCUCGCUCAGAACCUAGUGCCCCAUUCCCCCCUCCUAGGUCUACGUCUUCCCCGUACCACGCCUCUAACAUCCUCCAAAGACAUUUUGGCAACUGGACCAAGAGCUCCGCCUGUAGUUCUCCUGUACGACCCAGUGAAGGUGAAGCAAGUCCAGGUGGAGAUGGCAGACGUAUUUCUACAGAAAGCUCCAAACCCAAACGCUGGAUCUCCUUCAAGAGCUUUUUUCGUCGGCGGAAAGAUGAGGAUGAACAGCGAGAGAAGGCGGAAAAAGAGAAGGAGAAGGGCAAGCUAGUUGGGCUUGAUGGAACAGUCAUCCACAUUCUUCCACCACCACCGAUCCAACAUCAUCACUGGUUCACCGAGGCAAAGACAGAGGAUCCCACCCAGAAGCCAACCAUCGUCUUCACUUACAAACCAGACAGUGGCAGCACCCCUGGUGAUGGAGAAGGAGAACUACGAGUAGAAGAGUGCAGAGAAACUUCACAACUAACAACUGAUGACACCAAAGAACCCAGACCUUUGAGUCCAGGGCAAACAUCACCCUCCCAAAACACAGGAGUUGAUCUCAUCAGCAAGGGCUUCAGCCAGGCACCGGUCAGUGCCAGCAGUGCCAGGGAUCGGGAGCUGCUCAGUGCCACCUGUCCAAGUGCCAGAGUGAAUCUGGGGCUGGUGCUCGGGGAGGGCGAAGAGAGCCAUGCCAGCCCGGCUGCGUCUCCAGCUCCAGCCAGCGAGGGCAGCGCCAGCCUCGGAGAACCAGAGGAAGACGGCAAUCACUCCCAUCACUCCCACUCUCCUGCCUCCAGCCAAUGCAGUGCCACAUACAGCAACCUGGGUCAGUCCAGAGCCAACAUGAUCCCACUGAAACAACCGCGGAACAUGAAAGCAUCCAAUGACACCUUGGCCUCUAUCGACCUCGACGGCGACCAGCCGGCCCCGAAGGCCACACCACCACCACUCCCUAAGAAGACGGUACCUCCUCGCUCCAGUACCGAUCCCAGCCUGGGAGGCAAAGACUCGACCCAGGGGGUCCUGAGACCUAGGGCUGAGGCUAAACCCGGGGGCACCAACCUCAGUGUGGCCAACCCUCUGUACGACUUGGACUCCACCUGGGAGACAGCCAGUCAGAGCUCCUCCCUCAGCUCCGAGCCACACCGAGCCCACAACCACGAGUGUGGCGACUCCCUGGAGAGGCCAUCAGCUGCUGCCGCCACAAACAAGGGCCACCCGACAAACAGUGCGUCCUCCCUGGUUCCUCAGCCUGUACCUGCUGCACCCAGUGCCACAACCGGCAGAGAGAGGAGACCCUACCCAAGUACAGAGUCUCUGGCUGGAAGGGGUCGGACCACAGGUCGACCUUCUGGUGCUGGAGGAGGAGGAGGAGGCGGCUCCAAACCCCAGAGAGCUGCUCUGUACAGGGGCUUGGACAGCUGGGAUGAGGUGGUGGGGAAGAUCCGGGGUCUCCACACGGACACGCUGCGGAAGCUGUCGGCAAAGUGCGAGGACCGCUUCAUGGCCGGCCAGAAGGAUCACUUGAGAUUUGGCACUGACAGCUGGUCCCACUUCAGGCUGACCACGGGGAAGCCCUGCUGCGAGGCCGGCGACGCUGUCUACUACACCGCCUCCUACGCCAAGGACCCACUGGUCAACUACGCCAUAAAGAUAUGCCGCAGCAAAGUGAAGGAGACCCAGCAGCAGUUCUUCCACAGCCUCGCGGUGCGACAGAGCCUGGCCGUGCACUUCAACAUCCAGCAGGACUGUGGACACUUCCUGGCUGACGUGCCCACGCGCCUGCUGCCCUGGGAGGAGGAGGAGGAGGAGGAAGAGGAUCAGGAGGAGGAAGGGGACGAGGGGGAAGACGAUGUAAAGGCGCCGAAGGAGGAGGAGGAGGAGGAGAAAGAAAACAAGAGUGAAUCCAGGAUGAUGGACUCCAAAGCUCCUUACGGUAAAUUAGAUGAAACCCCGGCAGCGGGCCACAUGAACACCGUCGGCCGCUUGAGGAGCCGAGUGGUGGUCAUCACGCGCGAGGUGCCCUUCCAGACGGUGGCAGAUUUUGUGCGUGAAGGUGUCACCCGGCACACCCAUCACCCGGAGCUGUACGAGCGGCAGGUCUGUCUGCUGCUGCUCCAGCUGUGCUCGGGCCUGGAGCACAUGAAGCCUUACCACGUGACCCACUGUGACCUGCGACUAGAAAACCUGCUGCUGGUCAACUGCCAACCUGGCAACACCUGGAAUCUGGACUUACUGGAGCCCAACAACAACAGCAACAGCAGCAGCAGCUCAGGUGCAGCCUCUGGCGGCGCUGCGGCCGCUGCGGCCAACGCCACGUGCCCCGCCCGCCUCAUCAUCAGCAACUUCUCCCAGGCAAAGCAGAAGAGCGCGCUCAUGGCGGCCGACCCCGGCGCGCUGCGCGACCAGUCGCGUCUGGCGCCCGAAAUUGUCACGGCCACUCAGUACCGCAAGUGUGACGAGUUUCAGACUGGGAUUCUCAUCUACGAGAUGCUGCACCAGCCCAACCCCUUCGAGGAGACGCCGGAGCUGAAGGAGAGGGAGUACACCUGGGCCGACCUGCCGCCGCUGCCAGUCAGGUCGCUCUACUCGCAGGGCCUCCAGCAGCUGGCCAGGUUACUGCUCACCGUCAACCCCUCUGAAAGGAUCCGGAUGUCCGAGGCGCGGGCCUGCCUGCAGUGCCUCCUCUGGGGCCCCCGCGAGGACUUGUUCCAGGCGCUGGGCUGCAGCAGCACGGGCCCCAUGUCCGGGGCCACCUCCAGCCAGCGCGAGGCCACCCUGCAGAACUGGCUGGACCUGAAGCGGACGCUGAUGAUGAUCAAGUUCGCGGAGCGCUCGCUUGACACGGCGUGCGGCGUGAGCCUGGAGGACUGGCUCUGCUGCCAGUAUCUCGCGUUCGCGAGCACAGACACCCUCAGCCGGGUGGUGCACAUCCUGCAGCAGCCGCAGCCACACCCUCCGUCCCAGAAUCAGCCGGCGCACGCGGCACAUAACCAGACACCGGCCCAGACGCAUCAAGCGCACACCUUCCACCUGACUCAGUCGCAGCCACUCUGAGUUCCUCUGCCCGACUGUUACUAUGGCAACACAUCCACCUUUCUCCCUGUGUGGUGCCGUACCUCCGCUCAUGUCAAAGAAAGUGCCAACAGUCAGCUUUGUGUCUGCAGCAGCCGCAGGACUCUCCUGGAUCCAUCCAGCUGGUUGUGCAAUGACCGUGUUCUCCUCACGGACAAAUCAGACAGCUCGCCCCAAUGGUCAAUCCAACAAAUGAAGGGACUGUCUGACAUGGUUCUCAUGUCCAGUCCAAGACAAAAGUGAAACUUUGUGUCAGUCUUCUUAGCUUUUCCAAGACUAAAUUGAAGAGAUUUUUAGAUUUUUUGACACGGUUUUCAAGGCAGCCAUCCUUGUGGUUAAUUCAAGACUGUGUCAAAUGGAAUAGAAUAGGGAGAUUUUAUCACGUUGCACAUGAAUAUUUGACACCCGUUUCAACCAGACUUCUGAAGACGCACCACAGUGAGAGUUUUGGAUCGGAAGCUCAACCAAUUAUUUAGGUCUUUAUCGCAAAGCGUUGAAUUUUAAGCAAAAGUUCGCUGUGGAAAAGAUGCAGAUUAAAAAAUCUUUAAGAAUAAAAGGAGAAAUGAAGGGAGACCAUUCGAGAUGAAGGGAGAAAUUCAAAAUGAACUUUCUGAACAUAGAUUUGUUCUUGGAAAUCAAAUCAGGGCGAGAUUUUAUUCUUAUUAGGAUUGACGCAAAAGUGAAAUAUGUUUUUUUUCCCCACUGAUGCCAAAGAUCAACCACAAACGACCAAUUUUAGGUUUGACAUAGAAUUUAAAGAUACCUUUACAAUUUCUUUUGCCAGAGAGGUUAAAUUCAGUUCAUCACAAACUACAUUAAGAUACGGUUUUAACAGUAACUCCUGUGAGCGCGGCUGAGACUCAAUUUAGAGCUGUUACAUUUGACACUUUGUGAUUUGAAAAAAAUUCAAAAGCCAAUCAGCUGUUUAGUUUAACAGUCAUUCUGUCCUGUAUCCUACCGUACGUUGCACUUGUGAAUAGGGCUGCGGUCGAGGUAGGUGACGAACACUGAGCUAAUUUCGAACAAGGUUCAGACACUCUGGAGUGAAAAUGACACUCAACUGUCUGUUCGCUCAGCUUCUCGUUGGAGCACGUGCAAUUCUCAUCUUCGCCCUGUCGCUUCCUUCCGGAUGGAAACGGCCUACGGACAUAUUUUUAUGACAUAAUGCAGUUAAUCCUCUCCCCUUAGUUAGUUUUGUGGCACAUAAACUGAUUCAUUUCAGUUCAAAUCCCGCAGCGCUAAAGUGAAUUUCAGUGUCAAGUUCUUCCUGCGGCGGACGGGAGUUGUGUUGUUUUUUUGUCAAGUUGUUUUCCGAACGGUUCUGUGUUACAGAUGACAUUUGCACAUUGGGUCUGAACGUGGGUGCUCCUCGAUGGAGACCGAACACAUGAUGAGGAUGAUGAUGCAGGAGAGACUUGAGUAAAGUUCCCGUGAAUUUGAUGAGCUGGCUAUGAUUUGUUUUGCAGUGUGUGGAAUGUAAAAGUUGUUUUUUAUUUGUUUGUUUGGUUUUGCCUGGACCGAAACAGACACGUGGACCUGUUCUCACCCGCUUCUGAACACACUGAUCUUCCACUUUGUGAACCACUUUGUUUCACGCAGAAACUCUUCGCUUAAUCGUCGACCACGGCAGAGGAACUGCUCAACCACUGAGACGUCCAUUCCUCCCACCUCGCACGACCCCCCGUCCCCCGUCCUCUCGCAGCUCUCCGGCAGCUGGAUCCUGCGUCGACACUCCGCCGCUCGUCGCUCCGCACAUCUGCUUCGCUUUGAAACGAAAUGAGCUCUGUGCUAUUGAUCAAGUCGCAGCCAGCCAUGAGUCGGUGGGAAGCCGCACGUGUGCACAAUGCCUCAGCAUCUCCAUAGAAACAAGAAAGACAUAUUUUGAGUUUGGUGCACAUGGGUUUAUUUGUGGUUAUGAUGCAUCUUUAACUCCGAAACUAUUCUCUCCAUUGCUUUUGUGCACUGUUCCCUUCAUAUCCACCCAGACGGACAAUGUUUCUCAAACGGACACACGCCAAAAAAAUUGCUUUGCAUCUACAAGUUUACUUCGUUUUUGUUGUUGUUGUUGUUGUUGUUGUUUUUUUCAUAUCCAAAAACUGCAGCAGUUCCUCUUCUCACUGAGGUGAAAAAUGUACUUGAGGGAUCAGGAUCCUGUUUGUUGUACAGUAUGAGACUCGACGGUCCACGGAGUGAAAAUGAGACAAGGCAGGUGUGUGAGCUUGUUGCUGCGUUCAAGUACUGAGGAAUGUGUGCGGACAGCACUGGUGGCUGUCCUUGUAUUUAGAGAUUUUAAGCCUUUAUAUAUUAUAUAUAUAUAGUAUAAAUAUAUAUAAAUAAACAUAACCUUUAUCUAUUUUAAUCCACACACUAUUUUGUCAAAGUACAGAGCACCUGCAUUUCCUGUCAUUUUUCCUUCGGCCUCGCUCGUUUUGUGGGGAAGAGGCGGGCGAGAAGUCCUAAACGGAGGGUGGAUGAAAAAAGAGCUCACUCUUCAGUUGCAUCAAUAUACAGAACAAUGUACAGUAUUUUUACCCCUCUUGUAAAAAGCUUAGGAGAUGAACCACUUCGAAAAGAGGCUGAAGGAUGUAUUUUUUUUGUUUUACGUUACAUAAAAACCCACCAUUCACCAACCGCGAGGCCGACGGCAGAUACUUUGCGUCUCGUGUGUUUUUUUCUUUUUGUCUCUUCGCUCUGGUGUUUCUCUCUGCAUUGUUAAUUGCCACUGAACAGAAAGAAGAAAAAAAACAGAGGCUCCCCGAGGCUUUCUAUGAACAUGUGUACAGUGCGUCUCCUGGCCUACCGCCGUUUAUUGUUGAUCACGUUAACCAACAGUAACGGAACAAUAAAUAUAUGUUUUUAUA